GCAUGAAGUACCCACCUCGCCGCGCCGCCACCUGCGGCUGCGGGUACCUGGCCGCCUUCCUCACCCUCCUCCUCGUCGCCUCCCUCCAGAUUCAGUACCACCACCUAAAGGUGGAUCUCGGGAGGUCCGACUUCGACGCCGCCACGGCCACGCAGCGGCGGCGGGAAGGGGGUCGCCGGGGCGGAGGAUCGGCGGGCAGGUGGAGCCGCAAGACCGGCGCCGAGGGCCUGCCAAGGGGGAUCGUCGAGACCAGCUCCGACAUGUACCUCCGCCCGCUCUGGGACUCCGCCGGCGCCGCAACCAAAACCAGCGCCAAGAGUAAGAACGAUAGGUACAAGGCUCUGCUGGCGAUGGCAGUGGGCAUUGAGCAGAUGCAGAAUGUGGACACCAUGGCCCGUAAGUUCCUCAAUGAGAGCUACACGGUCAUGCUGUUCCACUACGAUGGGAACGUGGAUGGCUGGCGUGGUCUUGAGUGGAGUGACAAGGCCAUACACGUACUUGCUCCCAACCAGACAAAAUGGUGGUUUGCCAAGCGUUUUCUGCAUCCUAGUGUCGUGGCUAUCUAUGACUUCAUCUUUCUAUGGGAUGAAGACCUUGGAGUGGAGAAAUUCGAUCCGCGGAGGUAUCUUGAUAUAAUGGUUUCUGAAGGCUUAGAAAUCACACAGCCUGCUUUGGACCCUGAUCUAUCAACAGAUAUCCACCAUCGGAUCACAAUCCGCAACAAGAUGACAAAAGUGCAUAGGAGAGUAUACGACAAUCGUCCAAGCAUGAACUGUUCUGAUGACAGUAAAGGACCUCCAUGCACAGGGUGGGUUGAAGGUAUGGCACCAGUUUUUUCUCGUGCAGCCUGGAAAUGUGUAUGGCAUCUAAUACAGAAUGACCUGAUUCAUGGAUGGGGCUUGGACAUGAAGCUCGGCUAUUGUGCUCAGGGUGACCGAGCUGAGAAGGUUGGUGUGAUUGACAGUGAGUAUGUUGUCCAUCAAGGGAUACCAUCAUUAGGUGGACCAUCACAUAGCAGCAAGAUACCUCGAAGAUCUUUGGAUUUACGGACACAAAUUAGAAGGAAAUCGUCAGCUGAGCUGGAAAAGUUCAAAGAACGGUGGGAUAAAGCUGUAAGGGAAGAUGAUGAGUGGCUGGAUCCUUUCGAAGCUUGAAUACUUUGGAUUAAAGAUCUGACAUGAGAUAAAGGCCCAAAGACUCAAGAUCGGACUUGAGAUCAUGUUACAGCAGAACAUGUUGGGCCUCAUAGCAAAACAAUUAGUUAUAGCCUUAUAGGCAUUUUGCUGACUUACACACACCGGUCUGCCCUCAAGAGCUAUAAGAACAAGUGGGACGGCACAGAUUAGUACACGGAGAAACGGAGCAAGAACCUAUACUAUUACUAAGCAGGGGCUGGCACACUAUCUUGUAAUUUAAUUUCAGUUCUCCAUUAGCUGAAGUUGUAUAGUGACACAACGCAUAUGUAUGUGCAGUUCUAUUAAUCGUAAGUAUUACAGAAAAAACCAGUUUGUCACAUACUUUUCUGCCAUAGAUUUAACCUCAAAACAAGCAUCUCAUAAUUUAGAU